GGUCUGAUGCAGCAGCAUGGGCUACAUCAAAAGGUUAAUGUACCGACCAGAGGGGAUAAAUUACUCGAUGUCUUUCUGACUAAUCAUCCACUUCUUUGGAAAUCUGGUAGAGUACACAAAGGCCUGGUGAGAUCGGUUGUCACCGGUUGUCACCAGUUGUCACCGUUCAACCCACAAUUCCGACCAAACCUCAGCGUAAAUACGUCACUUUCCGUGAUACUAGAGACCAUCGAAAACUAGCUCUAAAAGCUAGACUAAAUUCUUUCGACUGGAGUCCUAUCAGCAAUUUGCUAACCGAGAGAAGAGUGUGGAGCUGCUAAAUGCGAGCCUGUGGUCGAUGUUCAAUGGAUGUUUCCCGCUCAUUGUGGGUCAAAGUCUCAUCCAGAGAUCCACCUUACAUAUCCCCCCCCCCCCUGGUUGAGCACCUUUGCAAAAUCAGGAACAGAAUCGCGCAUAAAGGAACCCGUGCUGGGAUGUGGCACACAAAUGUGGCUCAAACGAAUGGUAGGAAACGGCCAAAAGAAUAACUGGCAGGAAGACACAGGGAACGCCCAUCAGCUCGGUGAUUCCACCCAACAUCAUCAUCUCACAUUUUCAAGCCACCGGAUGAGGCAUAUGUCGUCCCCGGGGGGUACCCCCUAUAUCAAUCGGGCGGGGAUCACCGUCGUAUCUUUAAGGGUGUAAAUUUGAAGGCUUUGGGGGUCAAAAUAAGAUUCUACAACACUUGCUUGUAAUCUCGCUUUCUGAUUGGUUGUUAGUUAUAGUAAAUCAGAGGACAUACCACGGGAUUCGUCAUCACACAAUCCUUGCAGGUUCACUUGAAGUGAAAGAGACGAAAAAACUUGAUUCAAAUUCGAAAAAUUCGGUUCACAAUCUUUUCUAGUAAAUGUAUUUUCCAUCCUUACAAAAGAACACUAAAAGAAACGAAGACUGCGGGGUUUUGAAGCUAAAGUUUUAAAUUUUCGUUAAUUUGCGCGCGCUGCAAACACCGGUUGCGCUCGCGCACACACUAAAAAACACACAAUUUCAAACGAGCGCGCGCUGUUUUGAUUUUGUAAAAAAAACUGUUUUCGUGUUUUCUUUUUUGUUUCGCCUGCGAGGCCUGUCACCGGCGCAUUGGAUAUGGAUUUCAUACUUUUUCACGGUCAAAAAUUCUAUCAGUUUUCGGAGCAAGACCGUAGAGGUGAGCUCUCAGUGGUUCCUGCAAGUAUUCCAUGUCCAAGUAAAUAAGGCUUUACACUCAGGCUGACGGGACUUAUGCAUGCAAAGACGCGUCGCCUCCUUCCUAACGGGUGUGUUCUUGCUACUUUACUACUAAUAGCGAUCAGCCUGUGGUAUUUUACUCAGCCUAAUAAGAUGAAAAGCAAGCAGUCUACUUCAGUCACCAGACGUUGCUGGUAUCGCAUUCAGGGCGGGCCCCCACUCGCUACGCCCAAGGUCUACGACCGAGUGCAGACCCUUCUCAUGUUCAUCGGUUACCCCCGUAGCGGCCACACCCUUGUGGGUUCCCUGAUAGACGCGCACCCCAACGCCAUCAUCGCCAACGAGCUCGACAUCAUCGGGAGCUGGCUCGAGUGGAAUGAGGACAAUAGAAACAAGUACUUCCUGUUUGACCAGUUAUACAAGAAUUCCCAUGAGCAAGCUAUAAAGGGAUAUCGUUCAAGGUUCAACGAAUACGUAAUGCAGCAGCUGUUUAAUUAUUCCGUCUUCAGACAAUGGCAGGGGAAGUUUAAAGAUGCUCCCAAGGUAAUCGGCGACAAGCAUGGCCCUGCGACGACCCUGUGGCUGACCAUGAGAAUUUAUGGAAGACCGACCUUCGAGCAGAUCAAGGCCAAGGUCAAUGCCAAGGUCAAGUUCAUUCACGUGAUUAGGAACCCUUUUGAUAACAUCUCCACCAUGCUGAUCCGAACCAAGAAAUUGCGACAUGAUAUUGAGCGCUCGAAAGGCAAAAUUAACGACACGGAAUCCCUUGAAUUCGAAAUCUUGAGAUAUUUUAACCUGGCGGCAGGAAAUGAAGUGCUUAUAGAAAAAUGGCGGGAGAAUAUUCUAGAGAUCCACAGCAAAGACUUGAUCAGCAAGCCACGUGACACAAUACGCCGCGUAUGUAAUUUCCUCGACUUGACUUGCAGCAAGCAAUAUCUGGAUGACUGCGCGAGUAUCGUGUACAAAAAACCUUCAAAGACGCGUUUUAGAGUGCUGUGGACGGACAAACAGAAGCAGAGAACGCUCCAGGCCAUACGGAGGUUCGCCUUCUUGAAAGGAUACACUUUUGAAUCGCUGUAGCGCGUUGUAGGGGCACAAAAAAUAAAAAUUGCAAUCGAAAAAUA